AAGUGAGAAUAGUUAAACGGAAAUGGACCUCAACCUCCAACGAGUGUCCCUUAAAUACAAGACUUCUGUAGCAUUCACCAACACACACACACUUGAUCAGACUCGUGAUUUCACUACGAUCACUUCUCGAGAACAAAAAUCCACAAAAAUCUGAAGGAGAAGGGUAUGGAUUCAUCUUUAAAAUCAGCAGAUGAAGUAGUGGAAGAGAUAAUGAGAAUUCACAGAUCUCUUCCUGCAAGACCCGGAAUCGAUGAUGUUGAAGCUGCACUCAUACUGAUCAGAAACGCAGACACUGAAGAACAAUCGAAAACCGACGUCAUUUCCCGCCAAAAGCGGCGAAAAUACAUCCCUGAAGAACUCUUCAAUGUGUUGAUAGAGAUGCAGAAGCACUUUGUCCAGUUUCAAACCAAAGAACAGAAGAGGGAUGCUGUUAAAUUGCUAGAGCUUGAACACUACCAUCAACUUUUCGACGAAAUGAUUCAGAGAGCUUCCAAAUGUUGCGUUCCAUCGAAUUCUAGUAAUAAUGUUAAUAACAAUGUUAAUAAUAAUGUUAUUAAUAAUACGCAAUCAACUGCAUCAAAUUCAAGUAGUUCUUUGCCUUCAACGAAUUCAGCUUCCUUUUCUGGUGCAAAUCUUGAUCAAAGUACGCCGAGUAGUAUGAGUGUGUCUACGGCCUCCACUUCAAGAUUGUCCUUUGAUAAAGAAUCUAUCAAAAGGUCUGAUUUGGUUACUAGAGAUGAUAGCUAUGUAAAGAAUUCCAAGUCAACAUUUUAUGGCGGCUCGAUUGGAGGAGGAGGGCUUCGAUUGGAUGAAUUUUCCACGCCUCGGAUUAAGGAUUCUUCUCUAAAACCUGCUGUCAGUUCUGGUGCGGAUGGUGAGAAAUUGAGUCUUAUAAAGCUUGCUAGUCUGAUUGAAGUGUCUUCAAAGAAAGGAACCAAAGAUCUUAAUCUUGGUAAUAAACUUAUGGACCAAAUAGAAUGGCUUCCUGAUUCGAUAGGGAAGUUAACGAGCUUAAUCACACUUGAUCUAUCCGAAAAUGGUCUAGUUGUCUUGCCAUCUUCCAUAGGAAACCUUUCAUCAUUAACAAAACUAGAUCUUCAUUCCAACAAAAUUCUGGAACUCCCAGAGUCUAUAGGUGAUCUUGUUAACUUAAUCUGUCUUGAUCUACACGAUAACGUGUUGACUUCUUUACCUGCAAGUUUAGGUAGAUUGUCACGCCUUCAAGAACUUGAUUUGAGUUCAAACAGCCUGUUAUUUCUUCCUGAUUCGAUUGGUUCACUCGUUAGUUUACAAAAACUAAAUAUUGAAACUAAUGAUAUUGAAGAAAUCCCACAUUCUAUUGGUCAUUGUCUAUCACUCAAAGAGCUUCUUGCAGACUAUAACAAGCUUAAAGCUUUACCAGAAGCGGUGGGAAGAAUUAAUUCUUUACAGAGACUAUCUGUUCGGUACAACAAUAUCGGCAGGUUGCCAACCACUAUGUCAUCAUUAAAAAGCAUCCAACAACUUGAUGUAAGUUUUAAUGAGCUUGAAUCCGUGCCGGAGAGCUUAUGCUUUGCUACUACUCUCACUAAGCUCGAUAUCAGCAACAACUUUGCUGACCUGGCAUCAUUACCAAGAUCCAUUGGAAACCUGGAGCUUCUGGAAGAGUUGGAUAUGUGCAAUAACCAAAUACGCGUCCUUCCAGAUUCGUUUAGGAUGUUAUCAAAGUUACGUGUGUUGAAAGUUGAAGGGAAUCCUUUGGAAUUACCGCCACGUAAUGUGAUAGAUCAAGGCGCCCAGGCUGUUGUUGGGUACAUGAGUGAACUUUACGAAAAGAAAGAUUCGAAGGUGCCAUCUCUCAAAAACAAGAAAUCUUGGACUCGGUUUUUCAAGUUUUCAAGGUCCAACAAGCGAAAUUGUCGUGAUCACUAUGCGGCUGCGUAAUUUUCCUUCCGUAUUGCAUUAACAAGCGCCAUGCUGCGUCCUUAAGAUCCAUAACGACGUAUGAUCAAGGUUCACUGGUUUUGUUGCUUGGUUCUUGUAAUUUAGAAACUAAGGAAAUGAUAGCUGAUGUUCUUGGUGUGGAAGUUUUUAAGCAAACAAUUGAUGCAAUUUCUUGUGGGUAUUUACUGUUCAUUACUUGAUUACUUCACCAGCACACGACUUGAAUAUUUGGAUGAGCUGUCAUCCCUACUCCGGUCCCUUCGGCUGCAGCCACGAUUAACCGUGGUACUGAAGUUAUUGCUGGUGGGUUAACCGUCAACGGUUGGACCACCUUUCGUUGGUCAGAUCAAUGCUGCUGUAACCGAAUUGUCAGUGAUUUAGAAUGAUGUUGAAAGUUUAUGUUUUUUAUUCCUUCUUAUAUUCAGUUUUCAUUUCACUA